AUGAGUCCUCCGAACCAUGACCACCGCCGAUCAUCGACUGAUCAACAAAGUCUCCUACAUCCUCAUGCUGACGAUGCAGCGUCUCUUUCGUUGAGUCGAACAAGGUCUCAGGAAUUCGACUUUACUGAGAGCGUGGCGGUUCAAGAGGUUGUCGUGGAAGAUCCAAACUCUGAGUCAAGCCAGGAUAGUACUGAUGAGGAUGCUGUCAUAUGGGGCUGGCAUGUUCGCUACCUGCUUUUUCUGUGCGCAUUCCUCACCAGCUUGAGCUUUGGUGUUACACAAGUGCCACUAGUCUAUGUGUUCAGAUUGAUGACAUGUGAUGCCUAUUAUCAGCACCAUCCCAAUCCAGAACCUUCACUACUUCCGCUGCCAGCACAAUCGACAGCAGCAUCCCUCUUCUCCUAUUUGAGUGCACCUGAGAUAUACCUCACAUCGAAUUACCAUCAGUCAACAGUCGACAGAUGCUCCAAUCAUGCAAUCGAAACAUCUACAGCCUUGUCAAUAUCUCUUCUUGGCGCGAGCACCACGGUUUUCGGCAUUCUUAACCUUUUCCUUACCGGCAGUCUGAUCAAACAAAUCGGCCUGAAAGCGACACUACUUAUUCAGAUAUUCUUUCCUGCUGUCCGUCUACUGAUACAAAAUAUUGGCGUCGAAGUUUGGGGAAGCACAGGUAUCAACAUCAUUCAAUGGUCGCAGAUCGUCAGCAUUGUUGGUGGGCCAAGUGGCUAUUUACUUGUGCUCAACACCUUCAUUACCGAGGUUGUCGAGCAUGAAGGGCGUACGGCAGCUUUGGGCAGGCUCAAUGGGAGUAUGAUGUUUGGCGCUGCAUCGGGAUUUCUCUUAGGAGGCGUUCUGGCUGAAGAUUUCGGCAUAAAAUCUCCAUUCCGACUGACCUUCAUUCUGUUCCUAAGUUCCAGCAUCUACGUUGCGCUGAUGCUGCCUUACGUUCGCCCUGCAGAAGCCAAGGCCUCGGCAGCAGCGCACACCAAUCCCAACCGCGGUACAAUCAUAUUCAGGAAAUUCUUCAAGCCUUUGACAGUCUUUGCGCCACGUAAAUUCAUUGGAAAGGAUGGUUUGGUGAGAACGGAGUACGGGGCUUGCCUACUUGCUUGUGGAGUUUAUCUUGGUAUACUGGCGACAGGAUAUCUGGCAACACUGCUGCAGUUAUAUUCUACUGACGUGUUUGGAUUUGGUACUCGACAGAAUGGUGCCCUAAUUUUCAUGUAUUCAAUGCUGAGGGGUCUUUUCUUAACAUUUGCAUUCCCCAAGCUUAUCGCCCUGGGACGAAAAUACACCACCAAAAGCCAGGAGCGCAAAGGUUCAGUCGAGCAUGCAGAAGCGAUGGGUGCAAACGAGCGCGAUCCUUUGUUACCUUCUUUGGGCACGCGUGUGGGAGAAGAGGAAAUUGAUGUUGACAAAGAUCAGGUCCAGAAGAAGGAGCAAACAUUCACGUUCGACCUGACUUAUACCCGAUAUUCAUUGCUCGCCGAUGGACUACUUACUCUACUCUGCUCAUUCGUGCAAGAAGGUUGGCAAAUGUAUCUUGUUGCAGCUGCGCUACCCUUCUCGGCAGGGACAGGGUCUGCAUCAAAGGGAACAAUCAUCCAAAUGGUUGGCAGUUCCGCGAAAAGUGCCGAGCGAACAGAUGCUUUGGCUGGACUCAGCUUGGUUGAGAAUCUGGCGAGGAUGUCUACCACCUUGGUAUUCGGCGUUAUAUUUGCGGCAUUCGCAGCUAUUGGGAAGACAGAACUGGUAUUUACUUGCAAUGCUGCGGUGGCCUUGAUCGGGUUUGGAGUGCUCCUAUUCUCUCGUUUCCCACCAGAAGGAAGUCGACGCCUCGAAGAGCAUGAUCUGUCUAACAGCACAGACUAG